AAACCAACAUUGAUGAAAGUUAACAACAAACCAAGUAUCUAAAUUAACAUUAACAUCCACAUCAAUUAUUCCUUUAAUGGAGACAGAAGAGUUAAAUAUUAAUAAUACAAGGCAGGCAUUCUAUCAAGCAUCAUUGAAUAACAACAAUGGUGGCUUAAGAACCUUAAUAAACACCUUGAAUCUUCCGAUUUUGAUGAGCAGAGAUUCAUUUUCAUUCUCUCCAUUCGGAGAAACCCCAUUACACAUAGCAGCUGUGCUUGGAAAUCUGGAGUUAUGUGAGAUUCUUCUAAGCAAGGAACCAAGUUUAGCGACGGAAGUGGACUCAGAACACGGACGUUGUCCUCUUCAUCUUGCUUCAGCUGAAGGACACACUAAGAUAGUGAAAGCUCUGGUUAUGGAGAAUUCGGACACGUGCUUGAUCCAAGACAAAGAUGGUAACCUUCCUCUUCACUUGGCUGCGUCAAGAGGACACAUAGGACCCAUUAAAGAGUUGAUAAGAUUCAAGCCAUGCUCUGUUUGGAAGAUGGUUGAUGAUGGUUCAGUUCUUCACUUGUGUGUUAGGUGUAAUCACCUUGAGGCCUUGAAAUUCAUAGUGGAAUCAGUGCAUGGAGCCAAACAGCUCCUAUAUGCCAUUGAUAAAGAUGGUAACACACUUCUGCAUUUAGCAGUGAUUCUUCGCCAAAUUAAGAUCAUAAGAUACUUACUUUUGCUACCCGAGAUUAGAACAGCAGCAAAAGCUAUGAACAGGAAGGGUCUAACAGCUUUGGAAGUAUUGGAUCAUUGUCCAAGAGAUUUCAUAAGCCUCACAAUUGAACACAUUUUAAUUGAAUCCAGAAUUCAAAGGCCAAGAGACAUACCAAUUUUUAUUCCACAACAACCAGACCACUCAUCACCACAUCUUUCUAGUAGUACUCACCAAGAGCAAGAAGAAUCACAUGAACAACUAAGCAGUAAAUGGAAAAAAUGGGAGAAUUUCUACACAAAAUAUCUACAAUACCAAGGAAAUUGGAUAGAAGAGACACGUGGCACACUCAUGGUGGUGGCAACUGUGAUAGCAACAAUGACAUUCCAAUCAACACUAAGUCCACCAGGAGGCGUAUGGCAAGAAAAUACAAGAAAUGGAGGGCAUAGCUGCAAAUCCUAUGGUGUGUGUGAAGCAGGAACUGCAGUUGUAGGGUAUGUUUGGUCAGAGGACUAUGUGACAUUCAUGUUCUUCAACACUAUAUCUUUCUUUGCAUCACUUUGUGUGGUGCUGAUUCUCAUUAGUGGGUUCCCACUUAAGAACAAGGUCGUAAUGUGGGUUUUGACCAUUGACAUGACCAUUGCCGUAAGCUUCAUGCUUUUGACAUAUCUGUGGGCAUUGGGUUUGGUGGCACCUAAUCAUCUUUAUUAUAGAUUUUAUAAAAUUGGAUUUCUUCUUGGGGGUUCUUGGUGUAUCAUACUCUUAGGUAUUGCUUUGAUUCAAACAGCUCGCUUAGCCUUUUGGAUUAAGAAGAGGAACAUAAUUAGGGUAUCUAGACCUGCAAUGGGAUGA